GGCUGGGCGGCUUUCCAGUCUUUUAGGUCUCGAAGCCAGUGUCGGAGAGAAGACAGGGUUCGGGGCCUCGGCGACUUGGGUACCUUCGGGGCACAGUUCUGCUGGUGGUCUUUAAAACCUAAAGAUGCGCAGGUGUUAUGGUAGAUUUAAAAUCCUGGGGCAAAAAGACGGCGGUUCUGCCACUGACUCUUCUCUGAGGGCCCUGGCUGCUCGCAUCGCGCCUCCAGAGGCCAGGUCUCGCGCGUCGGCGAGAGCGAAGACUUGUCGGGAGACCCUUCGAGAGCCGCCCCUCGGAUGCGGCAUUCCAGAAGAACUCACUGCUCUCAUUGGGAUGGUAGAGAAAGCUGGGGACAUGAAAGCUACAGUGAAAGUCACAAACGAAAGAGGAGAUCCCACAGUAGUACGCAAGAGAACAGACAUUGUGAACCACAUCAACAGUUUAAAGAAUCUGAUUGAUGUUCCAUUGGGACUGUUUACCAGAUUGCUUUCUAAAUUAGCCAGCUGGGGUUACUUUAAAAAACAUCAUUAUUUAGAAGCAAGGUCUUUGAAUGAGAGAGAUUAUCGGGACCGGAGAUACGUUGAUGAAUACAGAAAUGAUUACUGCGAAAGAUACAUUCCUAGACAUUAUCACAAAGACGUUGAAAGCCAUUACCGAAUCCACUGCAGUAAAUCUUCAGUCCAAAGCAGGAGAAGCAGUCCUAAAAGGAAGCGUAAUCGACACUGUUCAAGUCACCAGUCCCAUUCGAAGAGCCACCGAAGGAAAAGAUCCAGGAGUAUAGAGGAUGAUGAGGAGGGUCACCUGAUCUGUCAAAGUGGAGACGUUCUAAGAGCAAGAUAUGAAAUCGUGGACACUUUGGGUGAAGGGGCUUUUGGCAAAGUUGUAGAGUGCAUUGAUCAUGGCAUGGAUGGCAUGCAUGUAGCAGUGAAAAUCGUAAAAAAUGUAGGUCGAUACCGUGAAGCAGCUCGUUCAGAAAUCCAAGUAUUAGAGCAUUUAAAUACUACUGAUCCCAAUAGCAUCUUCCGAUGUGUCCAGAUGCUCGAAUGGUUUGAUCAUCAUGGUCAUGUUUGUAUUGUGUUUGAACUUCUGGGACUUAGUACCUAUGAUUUCAUUAAAGAAAACAGCUUUCUACCAUUUCAAAUUGACCAUAUCAGGCAGAUGGCAUAUCAGAUCUGCCAGUCAAUAAAUUUUUUGCAUCAUAAUAAAUUAACCCAUACAGACCUGAAGCCUGAAAAUAUUUUAUUUGUGAAGUCUGACUAUGUAGUCAAAUAUAAUUCUAAAAUGAAACGUGAUGAACGCACACUGAAAAACACAGAUAUCAAAGUUGUGGACUUUGGAAGUGCAACAUACGAUGAUGAGCAUCAUAGUACAUUGGUAUCGACACGACAUUACAGAGCUCCAGAGGUCAUUUUGGCUUUAGGUUGGUCUCAGCCUUGUGAUGUUUGGAGCAUAGGUUGCAUUCUUAUUGAAUAUUACCUUGGUUUCACAGUCUUUCAGCUGAGCCAUCCUGCCACCUGUUGGCAGCUCAGCUCAGGGUUGUGA